AUGAUCCAGGCCCAGGAAUCCCUGACAUUUGAGGAUGUGGCCGUGGGCUUCUCCCGGGAGGAGUGGCGGCUCCUGGCCCCCGCCCAGAAGGACCUGUACCGGGAUGUGAUGCUGGAGAACUACAGGAACUUGGUGUCCGUGGGGUAUCUCACCAGCAAACCAGAUGCACUCUCCAAGUUGGAAGGAGGAGAACUUUGGACAACAGAAGAUGAGAUCGACAGUCGAAUCUGCCCAGAAAUCAGGAAAGUUGAUGAUCCCCUGCAGUGUCAGUUACAAAAUCGAAGCAUUCAGAAGAGUGUGGAACAAUGCUGUGAACAUAAUACAUUUGCAAGCAUUUUUAACCAGAGUGAAAGUGAUUUUCUGUUGAAACAAAAUUAUGAUAUGUUUGAUUUACAUGAAAAACCUUUAAAAUCAAAUUCAAGUUUGGAAAGCCAGAGUAUAAGCUGUAAUUUGGAGAACUCUGCUGAGUUUCAUGAAGAUGGGAAAUCCCUUCUUUAUGGUAACCACGAACAAUUUUAUAGUGUAAAUAAAUUUCCUGUAGGUGUAAAACCCAUUAAUAAUGAUUCCCAGGUCAUGAAACAACAGAGAACUCAAAAUACGCAGAAAGCCCAUGUAUGCAGUGAAUGUGGGAAAGCCUUUGUCAAGGUGUCUCAGCUCACUGAUCAUCAGAGAGUUCAUACUAGAGAGAAACCUCAUGGAUGCGGUAUGUGUAGGAAAGCAUUUUCCAGAAAAUCCAGGCUAAUUGAACAUCAGAGAAUUCAUACAGGACUGAAACAUUAUGAAUGCACUGAAUGUGACAAAACAUUUCCUAAGAAAUCACAAUUCAACAUACACCAGAAAACUCAUAUGGGACAGAAGCCUUAUACAUGUAAUGAAUGCGGGAAGGCGUUCAUCAAGAAAUGUCGGCUCGUUUAUCAUCAGCGAACUCAUACAGGAGAGAAGCCCCAUGAAUGCAGUCUAUGUGAGAGAGCCUUCUCUACAAAGUUUAGUCUCACUACGCAUCAGAAAACUCAUACAGGAGAGAAACCGUAUAUAUGCAAUGAAUGUGGAAAAGGCUUCAUUGAGAAGAGGCGUCUUGUUGCACAUCAUCGAACUCAUACUGGCGAGAAACCUUUUAUAUGCGAUGAAUGUGGGAAAGGUUUCACCCUGAAGAACAGUCUUCUCACACAUCAGCAAACUCAUACAGAAGAGAAAUUGUAUACGUGCAGUGAAUGUGGAAAAGGCUUUUCAAUGAAGCACUGUCUCAUCGUACAUCAGCGAACUCAUACAGGAGAGAAACCCUACACAUGCAGUGAGUGUGGAAAAGGCUUCACCUUGAAGAGUCCGCUCAUCAGACAUCAGCGAACUCAUACAGGAGAGAAACCCUAUGUGUGUAGUGUAUGUGGAAAAGGCUUCACCAUGAAGAGUGAUCUCAUUGUACAUCAGCGAACUCAUACUGCAGAGAAACCAUAUGUAUGCAGUGAUUGCGGGAAAGGCUUCACCGUGAAGAGCCGCUUGAUUGUACACCAGCGAACUCAUACGGGAGAGAAACCCUACAUAUGCAGUGAAUGUGGGAAAGGCUUUCCAGCAAAGAUACGGCUGGUCGGACAUCAACGAACUCACACGGGAGAGAAGCCCUACAUAUGCAGUGAAUGUGGAAAAGGCUUCACAGAGAAGAGUCAUCUCAAUGUGCACAGGCGCACUCAUACAGGAGAGAAACCCUAUAUAUGCAGUGAGUGUGGCAAAGGCUUAACCGGGAAAAGCAUGCUCGUUGCACAUCUGCGAACUCACACCGGGGAAAAGCCGUAUGUAUGCAGUGAGUGUGGAAAGGGCUUCACCAUGAAGAGUACUCUAGGUAUACAUCAGCAGACCCAUACCGGAGAGAAGCCAUACAAAUGCAACGAAUGUGAUAAAGCCUUCCGGAAGAAGACCUGCCUCGUACAACAUCAGAGAUUUCACACGGGAAAAACCUCCUUUGCGUGUACCGAAUGUGGAAAAUUUUCCUUGCGCAAAAAUGAUCUCAUUACCCAUCAGAGAAUUCACACAGGAGAGAAACCAUAUGAAUGCAGGGAAUGUGGGAAAGCCUUCACGACCAAGUCAGGGCUCAAUGUUCAUCAAAGAAAACAUACCGGAGAGAGGCCCUAUGGAUGCAGUGAUUGUGGGAAAACUUUUGCCCACUUGUCAAUCCUUGUUAAACACAAGAAAAUUCACAGAUAG